AUGAUCCCCAAGCACGUGGACCCCGGACCUCGCCUGGAUUCCCUCAAGCUGACUGUGGAGGAUAAGCUGCUUGAAUCCGUUGAUCUAAACAAGCUUUAUGAGCUGGUCCUCAAGGUGCUCUUGCUUGAAUACAUAUGUGAGGCGAGGUUCUACCAGACUAUUCGGCCCAGCCCAUCGCCGCUGAGGCGUACUGUUGAUAGAAAGUCGAGAUUCUCGAAAAUGGAGCCAGACUGUGCUCUUCCAGGCUAUUUGAUCGAGGACCUCAAGGCCAAGUUGAACAGUAUCGCCAUGAAGAAGAGCCACCAUGAUGACCUCACCAGAAGGUCCUUGUUGAGGUUUUACGGCGACAUGCUUGCUCCGUCGUUCAAGACUGACGUGAAGAGAGCAAACAAUGUGGACAUUUUGGUGAUGAAGUUCGUCUCUGCUGCCAAUAAGGAAGUGCUCAAAGUCGGCCUGAUCCCCAAUGAGGAGAUCAGCUCGAGAGUGUUUCAGCAAACGGACGAGUUCAUCAAGAUCAUAUCGUCAUUGAUUCAGAGAGACAAAAAUAGAGACGCGUUGGUGGCUAAGUUGGAGGAACAUAAGGCUGCCUUGAAGCCUGCAAAGCCUGAGACAAACUCCAAAAGUUCUGACAAUGUUCACUACCAGGAGCCAUCUUGCCAGGUAUCUGACAUGGAUCGCUCCUCGGUGAACCUCAUAAUGGAGUUGUUUGGAAAGGACCUGGCACAGUUACAAGACGACAUUCUUCGGUUAAAGCCUACAGUCACUCAGAAGACGCUCCACAAAGACGUGGACCAGGCUCUAUUCUACCUCAACAAAGACAUUGGCAAGUAUUCGCCAAAACAGUUCUCUUCUCAUGCAGCUUAUGAGAGUUGGAAAGAAAGGGAACUGGCUUUCUGCCAGCAACUCUAUAAGAAGUACCCCGUGCCGUCGUCUAUGAAGCUUUUACCCAACUCUGCAUUACCAGCCGGUCUGGAGUUCUACAUCAUGCCUCCCUCGGCGGCUGUAUCAAACUACUACACCAUAUUGACAAAGCUCUGUCUUCUUAACCACAAACUGAAGACAGCUAAUCCUAAUUCAAUGCUUCUUGAAGACGACGUCCUGCUUCUUUCAAACAAGUCCAAGGAGAUUCUCAACGCCUGUGCAAGAGUCUGGCGUGUAGAUUUCCCAACCCGUGCUGUAUGCUUAUUCAGCGCAGCCCAUUUGGCAGGAAUCCUCAUAGACCCGCUCUUCCAAAAGAAAGACAAAGAGUUGGGCCCAAUUGACUUAGAGAUGACCAAGAAGGUUCUCAUGUCCUGUAAGCUGGUUGUUGAAUCUCAUGGAAAGCUUGACUGGGAAGAGAAGCGCUCGUGGUGUGCAAAGGACCAAGACCAAUGGUUGAAGUUCUUAGGGUACACUUACAGUGAAACCUUCUACGGUAUAAAGGACUGUCUAUCCAUAAUCAUGAGCAAGACUGUAAAGCCUAAGUUUGGUCCUUACCUUGCAUUUCUUGGUGACUUUGUCGAAUCCGACAUUUUGUUUGGCAGACUCGCUGAAUCAGGAGCUAGCUCAAAGUGGGAAAGAAAACUAACACGUACCCUAUUGAGAAUAUCCGAAUCUCUGUAUGCUGAAGUUCUCAAGACGUUACCAAGAGACAAUUCAUUAUCCAUCUUGCAUAUCAUUGACAUUUCUGACGCCCUUGUCGACAAUAUCAGAACGCUUCAAAAGCGAUACAAGAACCCUCUCUUAGGUUUUCUCAAUGUCAGCAAAACAUAUGCUGCUGUCGUCACAGGUAUGUUCGCUUCCGAUGCUAAGAACGUCUUGAAGCACAUAGCCGCUAAUACAAAGGCAAGAGGUGAAUUCUUGAACUACGGAGAUGCUCUAGAAGCAUAUAAAUCUCUUCGAGAGAUAAGAAGCAUACAUGGCCAGGUUUCUCCUCAGAAUGCAACCUUCAAUUUCAACCUCGAGAAAUUCUUCUACCCACAUCUCGAAGCCUGGGUUGCCGAGAGUGGCAAUAAGAUCCGCGAUUUCGUUAUCAAAGCUAUUGAGGAAGAUUCUUUUGAGCCUAUUGAUAUUGAAAAUGAUCAGAAGAAGUACAGUACGUCCGUGCACGACAUUUUCACGUUCAUCAAGCAUUAUCUCCUGAUUCUCAAAGGACUAGACUGGCAAGACAGGUUUCAAGUAGCCAAGGUUUACACUAUGUUGAUGAAAAGUAUAUCGAAUUGUGCAUUGCUUUAUUCGAGCCGAAUGAGUGAAAUGAUCAUGGAGGACUUGAACGAAGAGGUGUUGGAGAAAACCCCUGAUGUACCUGAAACAAACGGCUGGUUCGCCGAAGUCAAGAGUAAAGUUGCAAGCUACAACUUGAACAACUCAAAAGUGGAGGUCGAAGAGCCAUUCAAUUUUACCUCGCGUACAUGUAUUGGACUCAACAAUAUUGACGCCUUGAUCACACAGCUAGCUAAACUUGAGGAGUUGCUCAAUCCUGAAGAGGUGUCGCUGUUCAUGGCAAAGUAUGAUCCAAAUUCAGGCAAAUCAUACACUAACCACAUUAUAUCUCUCAGAGUUGUCAAAGCGGAAGAGCUUCGAUCUGCACUGGACAGAUCGAGCAUACGUCCAUAUUUAACACUUGUUGACACGAAAGCCCGAAGGACAAUUGUCAAAACGAGAUCUCUUGAUGGUGAAAACCCUGAGUGGGAUGAAGAAGUGGAGCUCACUUUGGCCGCCAAUUCUUCGAUGACGAUGUCGGCGACUGUCUGGGAAGAAAAGCUUGGAACUCAUGCGGUCUGUGGCCGUGCGUUGAUGCAAUUAGAGCCUAGAAAAUUCAAGCACGAUGGAAUACCACAAGAGGUCUUCCUAGAUCUUGACCCUCAGGGAAGGAUUCAAGUUGAGAUAGCAGUGGAGAGUGAGAGGGAGGAUGCCAUUUUCGCAAUGGGCAGAGCACACAGAGCUUUGAAGCGCAGCGUUGAGCGCAUUACCAAGCUUAUCGUUGCCAAAUUCUCCAAGUUUAUCAAACUUUGCUUUUCCAGAAAUUCCCUUAAAUCGGUCUGUGGUACCAGUGGAAACGUCAAGCCUUCUCAGGAACAGAUGGACGAGGCUAUGUUACCUCUUUACAACUAUUUGAACAUGAACUUGCUGGUUUUGGCGCAGUAUCUUACCAAGGAUCUUUUGCAUAAAGUCAUGUUGGAGGCUUGGAAUAUCGUCGUGGCAAGUGCUGAUGAGUUGUUGCUACCCAAGCUUGCAAGUGCCAAGGCACUUCGCAUAGCCCAAUUGAAAAAGUUGAAGGCUGGUGGUAGCUCUGGCAAUUUGAUGGCAUCUGGCUGGCAGUCUGCCGUCUCCUCUGCCAUGGCAAAUGUGACUAGUUCGAUGAGUACCCUCGGUUUUGGCAAGACUCUUACGAACAAUGAAAUCGAAACUGUCAUUGCUUGGCUCCACUUCCUUUGCCUCGACUUCUUCCAUAACGAAGGUAACGGUCCACCCAUCUACGAUCUCAAGACUGAGCAGUACCAAUCGAUUUUGCUCAUACCCGUUUACUACGACAAGAACUCGGCAUUCCUCGUACAAGAGGUGGAGAGACUCUCUCCAGCAUACCUACAAAUGCUUCGUGACAAAAACAACGUCUUCAUAUCGAAUCAUCCAGACGCCGAUACCGCUAGUUUGAGGAGCAGAGCUGGUUCUAUUGCUCGAAGCCUGACGAUAAGAGCCAAUGCCACUGCCCAAGCAAGAGCACGUGCAGCUAAAGAGGCCAGGGAGCUUCUGUCUGAUCCAUUGGUUGCUCAGACUUCAGCUGAAAAUAUCAUUCUUCGACUUUUGCUUAUCAAAGAUGAGAAGGCAUUCGUCGCAAAACGUGUUGAACAGAGAGAAAGACUUGCUCACACAAUUGCUACUGAGCGUCUUGCAAGAGCAGCAGCGGAAGGAACAUUAUUUAGAUAG